AUGAACAGGCUUCACGCCUCUACCAAUAACGGCUAUGGUGCCAACAAAAAGACCGAUGAACAACCAUAUCAUGACAAGUCCGACCUAGAAAGUAAAUACAUCUGGGGCAUGACGGAUCUUGUUGACGAUGAAAAACCCGAUCCCUCCUUUAGCCGCCGCUUCGAGCCUCGAAAAAGAGCCCUCAACCAACGCAAUAGGCUCAUUCGUCUGGGUCUGUUCAUCAUCAUCUCGGUUGCAUUACUAGUCCUCUUCUUCUUCCCCUCAACAAGACACCUGUCCCUUUCCUCCACACCUACACCUCCUGUCUUUGAUUCCGACAUCGAGACACUGCGAUACUAUGAUUUAGAAGAUGUCCAGGGCACCUCGGUGGGAUGGGAACGAGAGGAGAGAGUUCUUCUCUGCACUCCUCUUCGAGAUGCCGCUCCACAUCUACCCAUGUUCUUCGCACAUUUGAGGAACUUCACAUACCCACAUCACCUCAUUGACCUUGCAUUCUUGGUGUCCGACUCCAAAGAUGAAACCGAGCAAAUGUUGACAGACAUGCUCGAGGCUUUGCAGGCCGACCCCGACCCUACACAACCCUAUGGGGAGAUUUCUGUCAUUCACAAAGAUUUUGGCCAAGCCGUGGGACAAGAUGUUGAUAACCGUCAUGGUUUUGCUGCACAGGCGAGUAGGAGGAAAUUAAUGGCACGAGCUCGCAAUUGGCUGCUCAGCGCAGCCCUUCGACCCUAUCACAGCUGGGUGUAUUGGCGAGAUGCGGAUGUGGAAACUUGUCCUUUCACAAUCAUUGAGGAUCUAAUGAGACAUGAUCGUGAUAUAAUAGUACCCAAUAUUUGGCGUCCUUUACCUGACUGGCUCGGUGGUGAGCAACCUUACGAUCUCAACUCCUGGCAAGAAUCCGAGACAGCAAUCGCUCUCGCUGAAACCUUGGAUGAGGAUGCUGUGAUUGUGGAAGGUUACGCAGAAUAUGCCACUUGGCGACCUCAUUUGGCCUAUCUACGAGAUCCUUACGGAGAUCCUGAUGUUGAAAUGGAACUUGAUGGCAUUGGUGGUGUAUCAAUUCUAGCCAAAGCACGAGUCUCUCGUGCUGGAGUUCACUUUCCAGCCUUUUCUUUCGAGAGGCAUGCAGAGACCGAGGGAUUCGGCAAGAUGGCACGACGUAUGAAAUUCUCUGUUGUUGGUCUCCCACAUUACACGGUCUGGCAUCUGUAUGAACCUUCAGUGGAUGACAUCCGCCACAUGGAAGAAAUGGAGGCCGAAAAACGGGAGCGAGAACAACAAGAAAAGGAACUUGCUGAGCUUUCCAAAAAGGUUUCCGAUUCUUUUCAACAAGUCGAUUUACAAUGGCAGAAAGACAAACUCGCGAUAUCGGGCACAAAACCUGAUGUGGACCCAAAGCUUGAGAAAAAGCCGACCAACAAAGAAGGUGUCAAGAGGAUUCCGGUCGAUGAUGCAAAGAACCCUUUCGUGUCUUUAAGACAAGCACGAGCUGCCGUCGAGGAUUAA